CAUGCAUAUACUACCUAUAUAUGCAUAAACAAAAUCACAAAAGAAAUAUAAUUUUGUUCCCAGUUCAUAACUAAACUAAUGGAACUUUCUCUUUGUGCUCACAAACCCUCUCUUCUUCCCCCCUCCAUCACCACUUCAAGAAAGAGACUGACACAUUAUAGUAUAAGUAGGUUUACACCAUUGUCAUGUCAUUCCUCAGAAGCUUCUGUGAGUAUAAUAGAUACUGCAUCAGUUGAGGGCAGAAGAGCUUUCAUGAGUUGUUUUCUUGUUGCAGCUGCUGGUUUAUGCGUCUCUGAUGUGGCCGGUGCUGUUAGUACAAGUAGAAGAGCUCUUAAGGGAGCAAAAGUGCCCGAGAGUGAAUACACAACUCUUCCGAACGGGCUAAAGUAUUAUGAUUUAAAGGUUGGAAAUGGAGCUGAAGCUGUGAAGGGAUCUCGGGUUGCAGUACAUUAUGUUGCUAAAUGGAGAAACAUCACUUUUAUGACCAGCAGACAGGGGCUUGGUGUCGGUGGUGGAACACCUUAUGGUUUUGAUGUUGGUGAAUCAGAGAGAGGAAAUGUCCUUAAAGGCUUGGACUUGGGGGUCCAAGGCAUGCGCAUAGGAGGCCAGCGGUUGCUGAUUGUCCCCCCUGAGCUUGCUUAUGGAAGCAAAGGUGUGCAAGAAAUUCCUCCAAAUGCAACCAUUGAGAUGGAUAUCGAAUUACUGUCCAUCAAACAAAGUCCAUUUGGGUCACCCGUCAAAAUAGUUGAGGGAUAACCUGAAUAUGCUUUAUUGGCUUUUGUUGUUCAUAAAGAACAGAAGACGACACAUCAUGGUAGAAGUUGGGAUAUCAUCUACAUAUAAUAUACUUUAUUUAGGGACCAUGAAUCGCUUUUUGCAGGUUCCCAGUCGACCACAACUUUUAUAUACUAGAUACUUUUUUUUUUUUCAUUUCGAGAUCUGAUAAUUGGAUCCUGUUAUAUGAUUUUUCAUGAAAGGUGCAUAAUAUUUAAG